UUGUUGACUGAAAUUAACAGCAGGUGGUGAAGAGCCCUAAGGUUGCUUGAGAUAAGUCAUUUAUUAAACAGGCCUGCUUGUCCUGAGGGUGUGAGGGUUUUGAGAAAGAAAUGCCACACCUGGGCCAGGAAGCCAGGCUCUUCAAGCCCUGGGGUUGAUUUCUUCAGCAAGGUUGCACAUGGCGAUGUGACCAGAGCCACACUCACCUGAAGCAUAUGAGACGGUCAUAAAACCAUGCGUUCUGCCUUUGUCUGGAACGGACUGUAGAGAGAUGGAUUUUUAUGAAGACUACCAGUCCCCGUUUGACUUUGACACAGGAGUGAACAAAAACUAUCUCUACUUGUCUCCUAGUGGAAACUCGUCUCCAUCCGGAUCACCUACUCUGCAGAAGUCUGGUCUGCUGAGAACAGACCCAGUACCCGAGGAAGGGGAAGAUGUUGCAGCCACGAUCAGUGCCACAGAGACCCUAUCAGAGGAGGAGCAACAAGAACUAAGAAGAGAACUUGCAAAGGUAGAAGAAGAAAUCCAGACUCUGUCUCAAGUGUUAGCAGCAAAAGAGAAGCAUCUAGCAGAGAUCAAACGGAAACUUGGGAUCAAUUCACUACAGGAACUAAAACAGAACAUUGCCAAAGGCUGGCAGGAUGUGACAGCAACAUCUGCAUACAAAAAGACCUCUGAAACCUUAUCUCAAGCUGGACAGAAGGCAUCCGCUGCUUUCUCAUCUGUUGGAUCGGUCAUCACCAAAAAGCUGGAAGAUGUAAAAAACUCCCCAACUUUCAAAUCAUUUGAAGAAAAAGUUGAAAACUUAAAGUCUAAGGUAGGGGGAACCAAGCCUGCUGGUGGGGAUUUCGGAGAAGUCUUGAAUUCAACUGCAAAUGCCAGUGCCACCUCGGAGCCUCUUCCGGAGCAGACGCAGGGGGGCCUGUGAGGUGCUUACCUGUGUGAUGCCGCCCACUGCCAGCCGCUGCAAGCAGCAUCCAAGCACAUCAUGUCAACACUCAUUGCUCUCAGUUCCCACCGGAUGUGCUUUUACUUAGCUUUACAUGUUUAUCUGACCAAAUAGUUUGUGGGUUGAACACCAUAAAAGUAUCUUCACCUCUGUUCCUGGGAAACACCCUUUCAUGUGCAUUUAAGGCCCCCGAUAUAGGAAACACUGUUGUAAAAACACAUGUAAUACCUGGGGAUCCUCAUUAGAAUGAUCCAAAAAUCGUCAGGUUGCUCAUAACUGCUUUCCUACUUUAUAAAACUGCUCUGGAUCUGGGAUGUCAGUUUGAUCUUUGUCUUCAAAACGAUUUUCUUUGUUUUCUCUUUGAACCUCUGUAUAUUUGAUUGCUAACUAAAAUUUAAAGUUCUCUGAAUUCUGGUUAUUAAAAGUUUUGGCAUAAUUUUCUUUACCUCCAAGGGAAGAGUUACCAGCUACAAAAUAUAUUUUUGAGUAAACAUUCUGGUUUGAGGUAUCUUCUAUCGUGUGUGUCUGAAGACAGCAGACUAAAUAAAUCAGCUCUACAUCCAAUUUGUUAUGGUUUGUAAGUGACAACAUGUACAGCAAUUCAAACUCCUAGGUGACUCCAGAGUGGAACCAUCUUAUCCGUGUCACCCUUUGUGACAGUAACCAUUUUAGUGUAUUUGUUAUUAUGCCAUUUAUAUCAACUUAUUUUUCACAAGAUUAAAUUUUUGGUUUCAGAGUAAAUUGCAAAAUAACAUUCUGAAGCAAGCAUACUGUAAUUCUUAGUAAGUUGAAAUAUGAACACUCUCAACAAAUGUUCCAUUCGAAAGCCUGGAAGAUUUUUAGCUGUAAUCAAUCACGUUAGGGGAAACAUUGCUGUCUUCAUUUAAUUCAUUCAGCACCGUUUAAAAAUAAGCACACAAAGUUGUAGGACUAAAAAACUUGAAAAGAUUUUAUAAUAAGGGGUUGGUGGUAACUCCUGAGGAUUUAAUGCAUUAAUGAAAAUCAACACACUGUUUUUUACUUACUUGUUUUCAGUGUCUUAGAAAUUAUACAAUGAUACUGUAGACAUUGCCCCCUAUUUUGAAAAAAUGGCAGGGCUGAAUGAACCAAAGCCUCUCAAAGUAUCUGCAUGGAGGCCAAGGUACUCUAUUCUAAUAGCUACUUAUUCAUCACUAUUACCUUUUCAUUAUUCUGUGUAUGGUUAUGGCCUAUAAUGUUGUAUUUGUUAUUUAUCAAGUUGUGAUUGUUUUAUUGUUUAUGCCAAAUGUUAAUUGCCAAGCUUGGAGUGACCUAAGGCAUUUUUUUUAAAAGCAUGACUAGAUUUACUUCAGGAUAAAUUAUCUUAUGAAAACCAAAUUUGAAAAGCCACAAGUGUCGAUUGUCAUAAGUAACAUGCUACCAUUCUUGAUUGCUAGAGCUUUUGUUAUAGCACUUUAGAUGCAACUGAAAAUAUGCUCUAUUAAAUGUGAAAAGCCUAAUAAAUUCUGUAUAUCAGUAGUAUAGGUCUCAAUAUUUAUUGUGAGACCAAUGGUCUGGAAACAGCUUGUAUUAAAUAAUCAACUGGUGUCUAUGCAAAAAAAACACAAAAGCAUUAUUUUUACUAUCUGCUUUAAAUCACUGCUUAAUGGUGUUAGACUAACAUAUAAAUUCUUUCCUUAAAGAGGCUUUAAGGCAAAUGUCCUAGUUGUUGAAGCAUUGUCCUGGAGGAGUGGAUCUGUAGAAAUUUGUCUUUUUAUAGAAAUACUCUGGUUACUCAGCAUAACUGUUAAGUUAUUUUUUUCCAACUAGUCUUUCAUUUAAAAAAAAAAAAUCACAACAUCAUCUUUUCAUCACAUUGUUUCUUGGGUGUCCUGCCCCAUUACUAUCUUUCAACAAGACAAAAUGGAGUAAGAUGGAAAUUUCUUUAGCUGAGUGAAAUAUACUCAAAUCUUUUUACUUUUUUAGUGAGAAAUGAUAGCACAAGGGUUGGAAAAUGGGAUGGGUGUAUGUGGGUAUUGGUGAUUGUUGUGAAAAAAACUGGGGAAUCACUUUUCAAGACAUCUACCUGUAUUUACUUUUUAAAAUGAUUUAACAGAUUGCAAAGUACUCUGUAUUUUAGAAGAAGGAGUAAAAAGCGAGAGGAUAUUUAGAAAAACAAACAUUGGACUUAGAAAUAUUAUUCAAAAUAGUCUUUGUGGAAGAUUCAAUAUUACAAAUUCACAGAUAUUUAACAAAUUUGGAUUAUCAUAGCGAUUACUAAGAAUACCAGAGAGGUCCUGGUCACUCUAUUGAAUUUUGUGUUUGACACUGUGAGGAAACAGCAACUUGAGAGUGAAAUCUCACAUACUGAAGAAUUCAAGAAGUGUAAUAGAAGAAAAAUAAUCCCAGAAAUUAACCCGUUUUUACAAAAGAAUGUCUUCAAUUUAUGGAGUUUGUGGAAAAUAAAGCAAGAAUUCUUAUGUUUAUGAGGCCAAAGGAAUCAAUAAAAGAGAGGAGAAUUCACUGGAUUAUCAUUUUAGUAACUCAAACUAUUGAAAUAGAGAAAAUACAUCUUUAAUUUGGAAUCACUGUCUCUGGAUCUGUUAAUUAAAUGCACACUGUAUUAUUAUUAUUUUUUUUUU